AUGUCUGCAGCUAUAUAUUUACCAGAUGAGUGUUGGGAAUGUGUCUUCAGAUUACUCAACAACAACCAGGACCACCAUUGCAUGGAGUCUCUGUCCCUCGUUUCCAAGCAAUUCCUCUCCAUCACCAACCGCCUCCGCUCCUCCUUCGCCAUUCACGACGACUACCCAGACACAUUCCUCCCUCGCCUCCUCCACAGGUUCCCCAACCUCACCUCCCUCGACCUCAAGCGCUUCCGCGGUGAUCUCGACGCGCUUCUCCUCCUAAUCUCGCGUUCCCCCUUGCGCAGCCUCACAUCCCUCAGCCUCUUUCACGAUCACACUUUUCCGGCAGAUGGGUUGCGAGCUUUGGCUGAAAACACGAAAACCUUUACCUCUCUCACCUGCUCCGAGGGUUCUAUUGCAACCGCCGACCUCCACCUCAUCACCGAUUGCUUCCCUUUCCUCCAAGAACUCGACCUUACCUUCUCUAAAAAGUUUCUUGGAAACAGGCUCAGGGUAGAGCGUCUGCCCCUGGCGCUUCCCAAGCUCCUCCGCAAGGUUAAUCUCUCAGGCGAAUCCCUCAACAUCAACGACGAAGAGCUUAUCAGUGUGUGCAAGAACUGUGAGUUUCUUGAAGAAUUGGUCAUCUUUAGUUGCCCUUCCAUAACACAACAUGGCAUUGCUUCCGCGAUCCGCCAGAGACCUGGAUUGAGGUCUUUCUCCGUUGACGGCUUAGGGAGAGGGAGCAAAAGAGGGGAUUUUGAGAGGCGCUUUGUCACUGCAAGCUUCAUUGAUUCGUUGGUGAGUUUGAAGAGCUUGACUUGUCUUGAAAUUAGGGAUUCGUGUAUCUCGGAUGAGUUGCUCUGUUCUGUUGCAAAGGAAGGUCUUCCUUUGAGGAAACUUGUCCUCGAUGAUUGCCGCAAUUACAACUAUGCUGGAAUCUCUUGCUUGUUGUCAAGGUGUAAGUUUGUCCAGCACUUGAGUCUUCAAAGGGCUAAGUUUCUGAAUGAUCAGCUUGUGGCAGAGUUGUCUGUGUUUCUGGGUAGUUUGAUAUCUAUAGACAUUAGUUCAUGUAUGAUGCUCACAGAGUCAGCACUUCUUGCACUUAUCAGGAACUGUUCUUUGCUCAGUGAGAUUAAAAUGAAGGUAACAGGGAUUGGGGAAGAGAAGUUCCAGUAUUCCAAUUCUUUCAUGAAUCAUUGUGUGAAAUCUCUCCAUUUGGGUUGGAAUCUAUUUCUGGGAGAUGAAACCAUCAAAAUGUUGAGUUUGGUUUGCCCCAAUUUGCAGGUGUUUGACUUGAGAUAUUGCAGUAGUAUAUCUGAAGGUGGUGUUGUUGAAGUUUUAAAGAGAAGCUGUAAGAUUAGGCAUUUGAACUUAUCCCACUGUUCACCAAUGAAGCUGCAUGGGAUGAACUUUGAAGUUCCCAAUGUUGAGGUGUUGAGCUUGGCGUAUUCAGGAAUUGAUGAUGAAACACUCUCAGUGGUCUCAAAGAGUUUCUCUGGGCUUAAGUACCUGGACCUGGAACUUUGUGGUAAUGUCACAGACAAGGGAGUGCGGCAAGUAGUAGAAAACUGCAAACAACUGAGAGAGAUAAAUUUUUAA